GCUGCUGUUAGCCGCUAGCAGGGGCUCCUUCAUCACCUUGUUUGUCAACACCAAUGCGUUCGUCCUCUCUCGUGUCCACUCGUUGAUUUCCGGUCAUAAUCGUUAUCUCAACAUGGCGAUGACUGCUUCUCUACGAAGCUCCGCGUCCUCGCUGUUGUUGUUUAGCAGACGGUUGUUCAGCCCGCAGCUGAGUGCUGUCUGCUCUUAUCACAAGAAGGUGGUGGAUCAUUAUGAAAACCCGAGAAAUGUAGGGACUCUAGACAAAACCUCCAAGAAUGUGGGGACUGGAUUGGUGGGUGCACCAGCCUGUGGUGAUGUAAUGAAGCUUCAGAUCCAGGUGGAUGAAAAUGGCAAGAUUGUUGACGCAAAGUUCAAGACAUUUGGCUGCGGAUCAGCCAUCGCCUCCAGCUCUCUAGCAACAGAGUGGGUGAAGGGGAAGUCGGUUGAUGAAGCUCUGAAGAUCAAGAACACAGACAUUGCCAAAGAACUCUGCCUUCCUCCAGUCAAACUGCAUUGCUCCAUGCUUGCAGAAGAUGCCAUAAAAGCGGCGCUGUCAGACUACAGAAUAAAACAGCAGGACAAGAAGGAGGAACGUGCACAGGCCACCAGUUAAAUGUGUUGUUAUUAAAUAUCCAUUAUGUCUCAGUA